AUGGUGCUCAUUUCGCCGGCUACAGCAUCGUCGCGGCGUGUCCUGUCAACUGGCCUGCGAUCAUCGCUACAGUUCCAACUCCGACCACCUUCGCUAGCUCUACGAACAAGAUCGCUGUCCACGACACAACUCCGCGCAUCAGAAUCACAACAGCAAUCUCGGCCCACUUCUUCGGAAGGCAAGACCGACAAGGACUCGAACGAUGGCUUUCGCAGCUUUUUCAACUCGACCGGCUGGGAGACCGCCAUGGGGGCGUCUUUCGGUGUGCUUUUGCUCGGCGGUGCUGCGAUGGUGUACCACUCCUGGUACAAGCGUCACGUCCUAAAGAAGAUGGAAGCGGCCUUUGACCCGGGCUACGAUCCCGUGCUUGCACUCGCCAAGAGCGGCGAUCAAUUGGCGCAUGUCCGCAUCGACCCGCCUCGACCCGAGGACGAGAUGAUCCGAAGCAUCGUCUCUGGCAAAGAAGCCGGUCGGUACUUCCUCGUCAUGGGAAGCAAAGGCUCGGGCAAGGCCACGUCCAUCAUCGAAGCUAUGGCGGCCAUCGAUGCAGACGGAUGCGCCUUCUUCGAUGCUCACCUCGACCCCACUAUCGUGGUGGACCGCUUCUCGGAGUCAAUCAACUUCAGCAACAACCGCGACUACCUCGGCAACCUGCUGGGUCUCUCGGAUUUGUCGGGCAUGUCGUACUACCAGCAACUCGAGAGGGCGCUGCACAAACUCGAACGCGCUCUCAUCACACGCAAGCAGAAGACGGGCAAGCCGGCAAUCAUCGUCAUGAACUCGGCGCACCUGCUCCCGCGCGAUGAAGAGGGCACCAAGCUGCUGCACAUCUUCCAGCAGCGUGCCGAGAAGUGGGCCUCGGCAGGCACGGCGACGUUUGUCUUCACUUCCGCCGACUACUGGGUGUACGACGUGCUGCGCAAAGCGUCGAACCGCAUGGACACGCUCUCAUUCCGCGACCUCACGCGCCGCCAGUCGAUCAACGUGCUUCGUGGGUGCCGCAAGCAGUACUGGGGCGAAAAGCCGUCGUCGCAGGACCCCCGCGUGCUUCAGGAAGUCUACGAGAUCUGCGGCGGCCGACUGGGACUGCUCAACAAGGUGGCGCGCCGCAAGGACAUGCUGCGUGCCGCGAGGCAGAUGGUAGAGGACGACAUGCAGUGGGUGCUCAGCAAGACAGGCAUCAUCGAGGAUCAUGAUGACGACGUGAUGGACGAGCAGAAGUGGUCGACGUGCAGCUGGCUGCUGUUCUGCGAGUUGUCGAAAAAGCAAAAGGAGCUCGAGGAUCUGCUGGAAGAAUGUGGGGGCAGAUUACCCGCUUUUGUGAAUGCGGACACGGUGGAAGACCCUCAGUAUAGUAGCUUGGCGGCACAGUUGCAUAAUGACGCCGGAUGGUACAAGGCCAAGGCGUCGCCUGUACCUGGUCUGACGCGGUUCACUACCGCUGCUCUGCGCAACGAUGGCGACGGCGAUGACAAGCAGAGUGGUAAAGCCACAACCGCUGGUGAUAACGGCAACGAUGACGACGAUGACGACGACGACGAAGAAGAAGAAGCAACCGCGCACCGUCGACUCACCGAGUCGCUCCUCACGGAUCCCAGCAUGGACCAAGAAGCCGACAUCCGCGGCGCCGACGUGCCCAACCCGCACCUCACCUGGGGCGAGGCACGCCAAGUCAUGACGCGCCCUGACUUCAUCAUGGAGCUCGACCAUCUCAAUCUGAUUCACAUCGACCGUCACCACCACAUCCGCGCCGACUCGAUGCCACUCUUACGAGCCAUGCGCCGCGUCGCGCAGUCCGAGGGGUACGCGGACAAGCUCGAGUCGGUCAUGGAUCGGGUGUCGGCGAUCGAGAGCCUGGGACGUACGCGUGAACUGCUGUGGAAGGAGCAGGGGGACGGUGGCAGGUUCUUGAUUAAGAAGGAUGGCAAGGGACGGGAGGUGGAGAGUUGGACGUUGUUGGGUGGGGAUGAGCGCUUGGGUCGUGAUGCGGGCGAUGGCGAUGACGACGGUGACCAGUAG